CGCGUCGUUAUCACGUAGGAAUGAACGCUUGGAAAGUAUGUUCCCACCCAAGAAAACAGAUGGUCGACCUGUUCCCCAUCCGUCAGAGGAUUCUGAAACGACGUGGAAGAAAUCUCACGUUUCCCCGUCGCACGCGGCAUUAGGACGCGUGCUGUUUUAGUGUGUCAAUCGACCGGACACCGGAACUUGUGGGACGUGUCACAGACGAGCUCAUGGUUGACAGAGCGCCGAGGAGACUGAGUGAGCGCGGUCCGCAGCAGGUAUCCGCGGAGCGCUGAUUCGGGAGCGCGCAGAGCGCGGGCAACUCGGCCGGGAUGGGCUCGCUGCUCCGGGGGGAGGAAAUGUGUCUGGCCCAGCUUUUCCUGCAGUCUGGUUCGGCGUACGACUGCGUCUGUGAGCUGGGCGAGCUGGGCCUCGUCGAGUUCCGAGACCUCAACCCCAGCGUCAGCUCAUUCCAACGUAAAUUCGUCAGCGAGAUCAAGCGGUGUGAAGAUAUGGAGAGAAUUCUGGGGUACCUACUGAGAGAGAUCAGAAAAGCAGAUAUCCCACUUCCUGUUGGAGAGGUUAACUCAGCUGCCCCUUUGCCCAAGCAUGUGAUGGUAAUAAUGGAGCAGUUGCAGAGGCUGCAGGUAGAGCUCAGUGAGGUGACCAGAAACAAGGAGAAGCUGCAGAAGAACCUGCUGGAGUUGACAGAGUACAUGCACAUGCUGCGCAUCACAUGCAACUUUGUACACCGUAGUGCUGAGCAUGAGCCUCUACAGGCACAGUAUGAGGAAUUCCCUUUCCUGGAGAAGGACACGAUGAUGGACUACACCAGUAUGCAGCGACUGGGAGCCAGACUUGGGUUCAUUUCAGGCCUCAUCCACCGGGUGAAGAUCGAGGCCUUUGAGCGCAUGCUAUGGAGAGUGUGCAAGGGCUACACCAUCCUGAGUUACUCAGAGAUCGAUGAGUGUAUGUUGGAUCCUGACACGGGUGAAAUCACCAAAAAUGUUGUUUUCUUGAUCUCCUUUUGGGGUGACCAGAUCGGACAGAAAGUGAAGAAAAUCUGUGACUGCUAUCACUGUCACCUGUACCCCUACCCAAACAGUAACGAAGAAAGAAGGGAGGUUGUGGAAGGCCUUAAGAGUCGCAUCCAGGAUCUAAACAUUGUACUUCACAGGACAGAGGAGUACCUGAAACAGGUGUUGAACAAGGCUUCAGAGUCUGUGUACACAUGGGUGAUUCAGGUGAAGAAGAUGAAGGCCAUCUACCACAUUCUGAACCAGUGCAGCUUUGACGUCACCAAUAAGUGUCUCAUCGCGGAGGUCUGGUGUCCUGUCAGUGACCUUCCUGCAUUGCGGAGGGCGCUGGAGGAGAGCUCGAGAAAAAGUGGUGCAGCUGUGCCAUCGUUUGUGAAUCGUAUCCCCAGCAAGGACCCGCCACCCACCCUUAUAAGGACCAACAAGUUCACCUCAGGAUUCCAGAACAUCGUUGAUGCCUAUGGAGUGGCCAGCUACAGAGAGGUCAAUCCAGCCCCCUAUACCAUCAUCACCUUCCCAUUUCUAUUUGCUGUCAUGUUUGGUGACCUUGGUCAUGGUGUCAUCAUGGCCCUCUUUGCCUGGUGGAUGGUACUAUGCGAGGACAAUCGGAAGCUGAAGCGGACCCGCAACGAGAUCCUGAACACAUUCUUUGAGGGACGCUAUAUUAUCCUGAUGAUGGGCCUCUUUUCAAUUUACACUGGGCUGAUCUACAAUGACUGCUUCUCCAAAUCACUCAACAUUUUUGGCUCAGGCUGGAGUGUGAAGGCCAUGAUUACUCAGAAUCGCUGGACGAAUGAGACUCUACGGUCAAAUGCCUUGCUGACCCUUGACCCCAACAUUACAGGAGUUUUCAGUGGACCCUAUCCUCUGGGCAUUGACCCGAUUUGGAAUUUAGCAACCAAUCGUCUCACUUUCCUGAACUCCUACAAGAUGAAGAUGUCUGUGAUCCUGGGAAUCAUCCACAUGAGCUUUGGAGUCAUCCUCAGCGUGUUCAAUCACCUGCACUUCAGGAAGAAGUUCAACCUGUACCUGGUGUUCCUGCCAGAGCUGCUCUUCCUGCUGUGCCUCUUUGGCUACCUGGUCUUCAUGAUUGUGUACAAAUGGUUGGCCUUCUCGGCCCAGGAUUCACAACUGGCACCCAGCAUCCUCAUCCACUUCAUCAAUAUGUUCUUCAUGGCGGGUGGCACCGUGCAGCCACUCUAUCCCGGGCAGGCCGGGUUGCAGAUUUUCCUGGUGGUGAUUGCCAUACUCUCUGUGCCAGUGCUGCUGUUUGGAAAGCCACUCUACCUCUAUUGGCUGCACAAUGGUGGCAAGAGCCUGCGCAUGUACAGGGGCUAUGAGCGCGUACGUCACAGUAGCGAUGAGGACAUCUCCCUUUUGCGGGCCCAUGACAUGGAGGAGGGAGUUAGCCAUGGCAACCACCCGGCGAGCCGCAAGAACCAACCAGAAGAGUUUGACUUUGCAGAUGUGUUCCUGCACCAGUCCAUCCAUACCAUUGAGUACUGUCUGGGCUGCAUCUCCAAUACUGCCUCCUACUUGCGGCUGUGGGCGUUGAGCCUGGCACACGCUCAGCUGUCAGAGGUCCUCUGGGCUAUGGUGAUGCGAGUAGGACUGCGGGUAGACACCAGUUUUGGGAUUGUCUUCCUUGUGCCUGUAUUCGGCCUGUUUGCUGUGCUGACCGUGUCCAUCCUUCUGGUCAUGGAGGGACUGUCGGCCUUUCUCCACGCCCUCAGGCUCCACUGGGUGGAGUUUCAAAACAAGUUCUACAGUGGGACUGGUGUGAAGUUUGUUCCCUUUGCCUUCGCCUUCUUGCCCUCCAGUUUUGAACAGAACAGCUUGCAUUGAAUCAGAUGCAGGACUAUCUGAAAGCAGGGGUAAUAAAAAGAGAUAUUAUAGUGAUACUGAGCCUCAUUUCUGAAACUAAAACAGACAUUGCACUGAAUGCCUUAAUUACAACCAAACCACCAACCAUCAGUGGAUCAUAUUUUAUUUUAAAUUAAUGGUUCCACAAGUCAAAGAGCUUAACUUUUAUGCCUGGUUCUUUUGUGUUAUGUCUUGUGCUCUUUAUGUGGAAGGGUGACUGUCUUUCUAUAAUGCUCAUUUGUGUGGAAUAAGUGUGGAGGAGAGGGUGAUAGCAUUUCUAAAUAUGAAGACAAAAGUCUCUUCAUGUGCAUAAUUGGAACAAUGUGUAUAUAUAAAGGUGAAUAUAUGGAUAGAAGUCUGGUAGCUGAAUAGAUGCAGUGGCAGUUCUCCAGUAUUGGAGGUCCCCAGUUCAGUCAAAUUUUACAUGCCAUGGUAAUUUUAAAGUUCAUAGGGUUUAAGAAGUUUAUUGACAGCUGUGUGCUAGAGAAGAUUUUUGAAUCAAGUGUGAUGGACUUCAGGAAAUAAUUUUGCAUGGGGUACAUACAAAAAAUACAGAAGAUUGAGGAUAGUUCAAUUAGACAUUCAAAUGGCACCUGCCUUAUUCCUCUAAAACUUCUUUUAAAUGAUUGGUAUACAUGGGACUGGUAUAAUAUGGUGAAUUAUUGAUACGCAAAAGUGGUACCUCAGGGUAGAACACUCUUGAUGGCUUAUGUUUCCUUCCCUUUGUAUGAAGAUAUUUUCUUGGCUUAGUAAACUCUGGAAGGGUUACAGCAGUAGUCGUAUGUGGCUGUGGCAUGAUUUCUGGAGCACUUCAGAGAACGACAAUGUGCUUGUCUUAGCAAGUCCAUGUUGCACUACAAUGCGAAACAGUAUCAUAGUAGUGCUUUUUCAAUGGAGAGGAACCUAGAAAGUCUGAUACUUGUUUAGCAUUGAAGCUCAAUGUUACACUGCUGCAGUUUGCUGUUUGGUAGAACCUGCUACAAUUUUAACUAUACACACACACACACUUUCAGAACCGCUUGUCCCGUACGGGGUCACGGGGAACCGGAGCCUACCCGGCAACACAGGGCGUAAGG